AUGUCUUCCACUUUAUGCGACGGUUCACUUACAACGGAGCACCAUCCACUGUAUGGCACUUUCUGCUCCAAGUUGUCCAGCUGUAUCUUUGAAUGGGACAAGGAUGACAUCUCUCGUCUUAAAGAGGCAAAAAAGACCAUGCUUUUAAAAAAACAUGGGGGGCAUAUUCCGACAGAGGCCCAAAUCCUGUCAAGCAUCACCUCCAGUGAGCUGGCCAAGCACUGCAGGAGGAGGACACGGGGAGUUGAAGAAACUCGUGCCUUGAUUCAAGGACUGCUGGACUCCAUGUGGGAACUGACUGACACGACUGGUCUGCACCUCAUCAAUCCGGAGAGCAUGAUGCACGUGUGGGAGGUGCAACAGAAGCAUUUACCCUGCAUCCAAGAUCCACCCGCGGUUCAGCUUUACACGAAACUGGGCUCUGGGCUACAGAAGGGAGACAAGGUUCUGGAUGUACUGAGGUGUGGCAGAGGGUCGUCUUCUCUGGAGAGCUUUCAUCGCCACCAGUGCACUUUUAUUCCAGCAACAGAGUCCUCGGAUGUACUCUCCUGCCAGAAUUCAUGCCCCCUGGGAAACCCACUGAAGGGAGACAAGGUUCUGGAUGUACUGAGGUGUGGCAGAGGGUCGUCUUCUCUGGAGAGCUUUCAUCGCCACCAGUGCACUUUUAUUCCAGGGUGGAGAUGUAAUGCUCUUCAUACUCAAAUGUACAUGCUUGAGGGUGCAUCGAGAUGGAACAUUAACCGGGCUCAUCAGGCUGUGGACAUGAGUGGUACAUCACAUACUAAAAUCUAUGAUGUACGUUUAAUGUCCCACAUGAACGUCCUCAGCAACAGAGUCCUCGGAUGUACUCUCCUGCCAGAAUUCAAGCCCCCUGGGAAACCCACUGAUGAACGUAUAGCUGUGGAGUACUUGCUGGCGCAGUCUGACAGAGGAGACCUGCUUUCUCCACUGGAGCAUGUUGAAAUCACUCCACCAGAGACGCAGGUUGACGUUCAGCAGGAUGAGUGUCUGGAUGUUACAAUAUGUGAUGCAGCAGACAUCAAUUUAGAUGCACACACCCAUGGCAGUUCCAGCAGUCAUGAUGAUUCAUUGAUCUCCUCUCUGGAAACCAGUCUUCCAAGUGGUGGCGCUUACAGUCCUGAUAUUGAAGACAUUUCCUGCGCUGGGCCCAGCACAUCAGCUCUGGACAGUAGAUGUGAUUCAAGGGGUGUUCCUGGAUGGGAGGCAGUGGAUAACCUGGCAGGGUACCUCGUCAGCCUCAACCGCACUAUCACUGCUUUGUCAACCAACGAGAUAGCAGAGAUUUUGCGGUUGUAUUGGUGUCUGCAUGCCAUUGAUCGGUCUCCCUCCACGUAUUCCCUUAAGUGCAAGAAAAAUGUCUUGCCAGGUCGCUGGAGAGCUUCUCGGAAGCGUAGUGGCUCAGCCCCUGGUCAGCAAGCGGCUGAGAGACUGUUCAUGACCCAUGGCCAGGCUGCCCAGAGACCUGAUGUCAACAGGAUUUCAGAAUGCGUCACACUCAAGCUUUUGAAGGAAUUCAGGGAAGCCAGAAACAGGCCUAAAGACAACAAGGGCAAAAUCUUCCCAAUUCCUCAGGCAACUGUGAUGACGUAUAGUCACAUCAAGCAGCUGCUUGAAGACUGCAGAGAAGUGCUGGACAAGACCAACUUGGUGCUAGUUACGAUCAACAAUACUACAGUAUCAUCUUGGCUUUUAGACCGACAGAAAAGAACUGAUCGGGACACUUUGUUGCAAGAAGUGAAGCUUCCCCAGCAGGUUGAUUUGGCGACUGAGCCACUACCAAAGCCUAAAGUGCUCCCAUCAGCACCUGUUGAACAUAAGCAUGUUCCCAUUGAAUUCCAGGAGCCUGAAAAUUGGGAGGGUGAGGCAGUUAUUCUGCAACGAAAAUAUGCGCGAACUGGAACUGCAGCAUCUUCAAUUGUACACACACACACUGGGCUAGGAGGCGCAUUUCCAUCUGGCACUCCUGCAGCACACAAAAAAUUUUUCUGGCCUGGGGCUCAACACUUUCCUGGGUGGCAUACCUGGCCUGAUUGGUCUUUUCUGCCGUAUCCACCAUCAGCUCCACCACUGCCUCAGGGAUGGUCUUCCCUUCCACCAGGCCAACAGCCAUCAGCUCCACCACCUCCUCAGAACCGAAAAAGUGCUUGGAGACUGCACAAGGCAGCUCUUGAGGAUCAGGUGGCAAGAGGGGAGCCACCAAAGAAGCGUCACACAAAAGAACAUUACCAUUACCAGUGUAAAACAUGUGGCCACACAAAAAGCAAACUUACUUGCCAUUCCCAGGUAAAAGGAAAGUGGUACUGUCCAGCAUCUGGUCAGACAAUUACAGAGUGGAAAGACUCUCUUUAG